GGUGAAAUUCCUACUUUGAUUUCAAAGCAAGAGCGAGUCACAUAAUCGGGCGAGGUGGGUUGGUAGCGGGGUAUCUUAUUGGUCCGUUGAUUAUCAAUUCGCCUGAGGAAAAGUGGGGUUAGGGCUAAAACCACGGACCACCAGAAUAUUCGCUAUCAGCCUCUAACCAUGUAACCAUGUAACCCCACCAGAACUUUCCGCAAAGAUAAUUAUUUUCUUCAUUCCUGACCACAACAUCAACUCGACACCGUCAACGAACAGUCAAUUCGUAUCCAACAGUCAAGAUGGCCCCCAAGAAGAACAAGAAGGAUGCGAACAGCAUCAACUCGCGUCUUGCGCUUGUGAUGAAGUCCGGAAAGGUCACUCUCGGUUACAAGUCUACCCUGAAGAGCCUGCGAUCCGGCAAGGCCAAGCUAGUCAUCAUCUCCGGAAAUACUCCUCCUCUACGCAAGUCCGAGCUGGAAUACUACUCCAUGUUGUCCAAGGCCCCGGUUCACCACUUCUCCGGCACCAACAUUGAGCUGGGUACUGCCUGCGGUAAACUGUUCCGUUGCUCUACCAUGGCCAUCAUUGAUGCUGGUGACUCCGAUAUCCUUAGCGACCAACAGGCUUAGGUCUAGAUACGGCAUCCUCUGACGGCGUUGGGGUUCAUUGGUUGGGAAAAGGUUAUCGUGGUUGGCCGUUCAUGAAUGAUGACGGCUGGUAUAAUUCCACAUUAGGAAGCACAUUUGCGAGGCUCCACCUCGAGUUCUCUAGGUAGCCGGUUAGACCAAUACUAAAUGCCAAUCCAGACGAAGCUUACGGACUUCGGAAAGAAUAUAAAUGAUACCCAACAAUCCCUCUUCCUAGUGUUACAGCUGGGAAUUGAAUGCUCUACGUGAUAAUCAGUUACAACUCGAGCUAUGUUUGGCUAAGACAUAAUAUUUCUUUGAGUCUAGCCCCAGCAUCUGGACAAGGCGGCCUCCAACAAUAUGAAUAGUAUAUAGAGAUAAAACCUUGUACACUGAGUCUUUGCGCAUAAUCCCGUAGGGCCGUGGGGACAACCGGAUAUAAAAUCACCAUGCCCAAAUUUGAAUUCACCAACCUAGUUGACAUAGUUAAGGUUUACC